AUGUCCACUCCAACAGAAGGUGAUAGACCACCUAUUGUGAUGGUUGUGAAGCAGUUCUUGUUGUUGGAGACUGGUUCGUUGGUUGCCCCAGCAUUUGCCCAUAUGUGUAAGCUGGACUUUGCUGAAUACAUGUGUGGGAGGGUGGAUGACAUUGGGGUGUAUAAUUGGAGUGCCUAUGUUGUCCGUGAACUAAAUGUAGAGUUGGUUGCUGGCAAGAGAAAAGAACUUAUUGUUAGGGCUAUGGACAAGAAGAACUUGUGGGUUCUUGGGGAUGUCCACUUCUUGCUGCUCCAUUUGCUAGACUUCCUUAGUGUGCGCGGGUUGCACACCAAGACCAUCCUGAGCUGUAGCUACUGGUAG